UCUUCUCUCCUCUCCCCCUCCUAGGAGGAGAAAGCAGCAAGAAGAUUACACCAAGGAAGAACUGAAAGAGAGGAAAAGAGGGAGACAGGAGCUGGAUAUUCUUGGUCCAAGGAAGAACAUAUUUGAUAGCUGGACUGCGGUGUGGUCACGACGUUGACGUUGCGGACGUUGAGAGAAGAGAGAAAAGAGAGAGAGAGCGCUGUACAAUGUACUAGGAGAGCGAAGGGAGACCAGCUUUGUUGUUUUUCUGAUAUUCCCGAGGUGUCAGAGAGAGCAGAAAGGACGCAGCCAUGGGACGGAAGAAGAUCCAGAUAACCAGGAUCAUGGAUGAGAGGAACAGACAGGUAACGUUCACAAAGAGGAAGUUUGGUCUGAUGAAGAAGGCCUAUGAGCUGAGCGUUCUCUGUGACUGUGAGAUAGCCCUCAUCAUCUUCAACAGCUCCAACAAACUGUUCCAGUACGCCAGCACGGACAUGGAUAAAGUCCUGCUCAAGUACACAGAGUACAACGAGCCCCACGAGAGCAGAACCAACUCAGACAUUGUGGAGAAAUUAAGAACCAAAGGCCAUAAUGACUGUGCCAGUCCUGAUCCUGAUGACUGUUUUGGGCACAGCCCCCUCAUGGACGACCGUUUCGGCAAACUAAGCGAAGAGAGUGAUUUAAUGUACAAGCGCUGUGGUGCGCUAAACAAGAAAGAACACAGAGGCUGUGAUAGCCCGGACCCCGAUGCCUCAUAUGUCCUCACUCCUCACACAGAAGAAAAGUAUAAAAAAAUUAAUGAGGAGUUUGAUAAUAUGAUGAGAAAUCAUAAAAUCCCCGCAGCGUUGCCCCAGCAGAACUUCUCCAUGCACGUGGCAGUGCCAGUCUCCAACCACAACGCCAUGGCCUACCAACACGGGGGCCCGCUGAGCACCCAGGCCCUGGCAGCAGGCACCGCCUCACUGAGCGACAGUGGGAUGCUGUCCCCUCCCCAGGCCUCCCUGCACAGGAACGUGGGGUCCAGCGGGGGGCCGCAGAGACCCCCCAGCGCAGGCAAUGCAGGGAACGGCUUCAUCAACCCCAGGGGAUCCCCGGGACUCCUGGCCACGCCCAGCGGAAACGGUCUGGGCAAAGUCAUGCCCACCAAGUCUCCACCGCCCCCUGGAGGGAACAUGGGGAUGGGCGGCCGCAAGCCAGACCUGAGGGUGGUUAUUCCUCCAUCCAGCAAGGGCAUGAUGCCUCCUCUGAAUACCCAGAGGAUAAGCGGUUCCCAGACCACCCAGCCACUGGCUACCCCAGUGGUGUCUGUCACCACCCCCAGCCUGCCUCCUCAGGGCCUGGUCUACUCAGGCAUGCCCACCUCCUACAACCCUGACUACUCCCUGAGCAGUGCAGACAUCUCCUCCCUGCAGGGCUUUGGCUCUCCUGGGCUCUCCCUGGGCUCCAUGUCGGCAUGGCAACAACAUCAACUGGGACAGGCAGCUCUCAGCUCUUUGGUGGGUGGUGGUCACCUACCACAGGGCUCCAACCUCUCUAUCAACACCAGCCACAACAUCAACAUUAAGUCAGAGCCUAUCUCUCCUCCGCGAGAGCGUGUCCCCCCCUCCGGUUUCCCCCAACAGCAGCAGCAGCAGCAGGUGCCCAGCCGCCAGGACCUGGGCCGCUCGCCUGUCGACAGCCUCAGCUCCUCAUGCUCCUCCUACGACGGAAGUGAUCGCGAGGACCACCGGGCAGACUUCCACUCUCCCCUGGGGCUGGGCAGACCCCCGGCCAGCACAGAGGACAGGGAGAGUCCCUCAGUCAAGCGCAUGCGCAUGGACGCCUGGGUGACAUAGAGAGCCCCGGUCCAGCCCCCUGUCACCAGCCAGCCAGACACAGGGGGAGGGGGGGCAGGAGGGGGAAGGGGUAGGGAGGCUCCCUCAAGCUAUUAAUAUCAGAUUAUUAUUAUUUAACUGCAUAUCAUUUUUUAAGAAGGAAGAUGGCAACUGAAAUAAAUAAAAAGAUUUGUUCAGGACAUAUCUAAAAUAAACACGUCACGUAUGAAGAAAAGAAAAACUCAUAGGCAGUUUUGCUGAAUUAUAUACACCAUCAGAGGAUAUUAGGUACUUGGUGCAAAUCAGAAUAGGUUUACAGGAGUCAUUUAUUAAGCAGUGAAGAUUAUUGUAGACACUGGUUGAGUCCACCACUUACUAGUAGUUGCUGUUUUUUGCUAUUGUGGUUGCGAGUCACAAAAAGUCUGAGACAGUUAUUUGCAGCUGAGGGCCCCUGCUUGUUUAUUGUUCAAGCUCACAUUUCAAAAACUGCUACAGUAAACAUAACUUGUUUAAUGUCUCUUUUUUAACUUAUUGAAUACAUUUAUCAGACUUUUUUUUUAAGAUAUCAAGCUCAGUGAUCUGAACUUCUCUUUUAUGUAGAAGAGUGUUUCUCUGGUGGGCAACAAGAGCAGCUAUCGGAUGUGGAAACUAAAUCAUUGUGUUAGCAGUACAAAAACAGAUGGCAAAAGAAUAUACUGCAAUAACAAUAUUCAUUUUAAUUUGAUUCAAUAAAUGUGCAAUUAAGGUAACAGUAAAUUGUCCUGGUGACAUAACAGCAAGAAAUACUUACACUGCUCCAAGCCAUUAGUAAUGGAAGCCAAAUCUCUAUUUCCUUCCGUUGUGAUGAAGAUAUUGUUUAGUAUACAUUUUCUCCAAAUGUUUUUGUUUUUAUUGUAGUUGCUUUUUAAUUGUGCAGAUUUUUUGGCAAACAUACUUAAAGACAUGCAAGCCAGACCUUGAAUCGAUAUCUAAAAAGCCAUGAGCACUUGCUGUAAAAAUUAAGAAUUUGAGCCAAACGUUUUUGUUAUGUAAAUAGCAACUUUAAUAUAUAUAUAUAUAUAUAUCACCUUGGUGUGAGUAAGUAUGCAUUGUACUAUCGCCAGAAUCAAGGAAAAAGUCUAUUUUUGUGGUUUACUGCCAAAUUUACAAGGCAAGGUCCUUAAUGAGUUGAGUAUUCACUGGUUUAACAUGAACUAUUUUGAUUAUUCAGUAUGUUCUUCAAAAUGUUUGCCGUUAUCAAGUGGUUUUUAUUUCCAGAAGGUUGUUUUGGGUCGUUUUCCCUUUAAUAGUAGUGACUGUCUGUCCUUACUAAAUUGUAACAUCAGUGCUGUACGGUUAAAAUUACAAUGUUUAAAAAAUAUAUAUAUUUUGUGACGCAUAAUCGCAAGGCUUAAGAAAAUAAGGUUUCUUCCUACACAUUAUUUACCUACAGCUGCUGAAUACACUGCCAAUAUCUAGACCCAAGGUCUCAGCACCUCAGAAUUUCAGCAUCCCAGAAUUAGCCUUUGUGAAUGUGCAUAGUUCAAAUUAAAGAAAACAUAUUUCACAACCCAUUUCAUCAUACCAUUAACAUCCACAUUAAAUUCAUUUGAUAGAAGUGAACUAUCACUUUUCUGAGAAACCUGAUCACCCGUGUUCAUAAAUUUAGUCAUUGUAAAUAUCAUAGCCUAAUGUAAAACUUAAGUCAUAAUUAUGUAAAAAAAAAAACAGUUUUGUUCAUUGGCUCAGUAAAAUAUAACCAUAAUAUGUUUGUGGCAAAGGACUAGUUGGGGUUGGAAAUGCCUGCUAAACCUUCGGCAGUCAUCGGCAGUGUGCCUCACUGGAAAAAAAACACAGCACGUCCUGUUGCACUGUUACAGUAGACAGUUUUCUUUGUGAUGAGACUUCUACAUGUCAUUUGUUGUCUGUUACAGGGGCCCCUAGCUUGCAUUCUGUUCUAUCCUACAGUGGCAAGAACAUAAGUAAAUCAAGUAAUUCUGCAGUUAAAUCAUACAGUACCUGAAACAAUGCAAAUGAUUUGACUUCAUCUCACUGCUGGAUUGCAUAAAAUAUUUUUGCUGUACAGGAGGAGUAUCACUCUACAUUUGUUAUAGAAUAUCUUGUGUACUGUAGCCCUUAGACAUGCUCUCCACACCUCUCCAUUGAAUUCAUAGCAGUUGGCGAUAAGCCGGUAAUGAUCUAUGCAGCACCCAACUCAUACUUUGCCUAGAUGCGGUCAUUACAUAAUGUCACACCCAGACUUCAUCCUUGAUGUAACUAAACUCCUGUUGGAUAAGAAUGGAUAUUUUCAGAUACAUGUGCUCAGGGUGUGAACCAAUGAGGUCUUGACUGUUACCUCUUGUCCAAUAGUGACACUGCCUGAAUGGAGCUUGAAACCGAGGUUUACCUCAAAUUUGGUCACAAUCUACAACAGAUCAUUUCUCCUAAGUUUGACCUUUAAUUAAACAGAACCUUUAUCCAAAUGUUCUGUAUAAAAAUAAAAAUAUAACUAAUACACUAUAACCCAUUAGAAUCCCAUGAUUUUACAGCAAUAAUACCAUUAUAACAGAAUAGCAUCUAUUUUGAUAGCAUCAGCACAAAGUACAGAACCUGCACACUUUAGCACUCAAUAGGAUAUCAGGGACUUUUCUAGUUUCUCUCUAUAUGCACAGUUAGCCUUAUCCCAAAGAACUGCUGACAUGAUAGAUCAUUUAAAAAAGUUUCUUAGGCAUUACCUAACACUUCCUCUUCUUGAGGCAGUCAUUGCAUGCUAUCAAUAAUGAGCAGUCUUACAUACCCAAAUUUGAGUCAUACAAGAAAUGCAUAAUUUAUUUAGAGAGAUACUCCUUCUCCAUGUACUGUCCAAAAAUGUGCAACUGUUGAAUGUGAAAGAACAAGGAUUCAAGUAUACCACAGAACUUUGUCGAAAACUUUCUUCACUUUGCUGUGCAAGAGUACACUGCUUUGCUUUAUGGCUUUUAUAAACAGAACUAUGUAUUUGGUAAUUGUUUGUAGUUAAUAGUUCACUCAUAGAAGCUGUUUUCGGUUUGAAUGCUCAAACCGUUUGGCGGCACAAGCUGGACUUUGUUGCCAUGAAUGAAACAAACUGUUUCAAAAUUGAGAGAAUUUUAAAUUAAUCUGGAUUUAUUGCCCUUGAAUGUGUUGUUUUAUCUUCAUUAUACAAUAAAUAUUCUAGUGAACUUUU